AUGUAUGUUAUACUUCAUCAAGCUGGAUUUUUAUUGACUGGAUUAUGUACUACCUUGGGAGUACAAUGGCUGUUUUACAGAGGAGCAGCAACUUCUAUGAGUCUUUUGCCUCAACUAUCAAAUUAUAUUGGCAUGUUGUUGGUUUCUUUAUACCAUGUUACUCAAGAGAAAAAUGAGUUACAAACUUAUUCAGCAAGGAGACGAGGACGCUAUAACAACUCGCCAGUAUUAUCGUCAUCGUGCUCUAUCAGAAGCGAACAAACCAUGAUAGAUAACCUUCCCACAAUAGAGCCUCUAGAAGAAGGCCCUAUCGAGCAUUUAGCCAUUAUUAAAUUGGCAUCGUUGGACAUAUUGCCAGCUUUGCCCUGA